AAUACUAUGGUCGAAUUUAAUCCAACACGUUUACUUAGUAAAAAAUAGAAAUUCAAAAUCUGAUGUCGAAAGGAGCGAGGGUGGUGGUCAGAGAUGAUGAACUCUUACUUUGAUCAGACUGGCUUUUACAAUAGUCAGGGAGCGCCGGAACAAUCUUAUCGUUUCCCGCAAGGACUCCUUGUUCCGCCGUACCCGCAACCUAGCGCCACCGCCAGGGCAGCACACGACUCCGGCUUCGUCGAUACAACUGUAUCUUCAGCACCCUCCUGUAAAUUGUACACAGCAGUGAGUCCAGACCCAACCGCAGCUUUCAAACCCGAGUGUUUGGUGAAGGAGCAGAACGGGUUCAACAUGGCUGUAAAAGACAUGUCUACCUGGCCAGCGGGAGCACUGACCGGUGUCCGAGCUGCAGCAAUGAGCAACGACGCCGUACGUCCUUUUCCGGGAGAUGGCGGGGCUUCUCCGCGUGUGUCAGACGCAUGGACAGCUUGCUACCAAAACACCAGUGCCAUGUCUCAGGCUUUCUACCCUUGGAUGGCGAUGGCAGGGGCAAAUGGGCUUCGCCGGAGAGGACGACAAACCUACACCCGCUACCAGACCUUGGAGCUGGAGAAGGAGUUCCACACCAACCACUACCUAACUCGACGUCGGAGGAUCGAAAUGGCUCACGCUCUGUGUCUCACGGAGCGACAGAUCAAGAUCUGGUUCCAGAACAGGCGGAUGAAGCUGAAGAAGGAGAUCCAAGCUAUCAAGGAGUUGAACGAACAGGAGAGACAAACUCAGAUGUGUAAAGUCCCUCAGAACACAAAUCAGGCGUCGUCUCCUCCACAGGAAGAUGAGCGUGAUUCUUCUCCAGGAAACACGUAAGAUCUUUCCAGUUCUGUUGAUUCCUCCUGCAUGAGAAUCUCCGGGCGGAUACAUCCCAAUGUUUGGUCCUACUUACUUUAAGUUUUGUGAUAUCGAAUAAGUUUAAAUCCAAACCGAUUUCAGUGAGAAACUACAAUUAUAAAAAAAACGUUCAUUUGUUUGAGGAUCACACAAUAAGUUUCUUCGGUUGACACUACUUUAGAAAUUCCAAACAAAACGAUUUCGUUUUUCCAUUACUUGCUUCGGACGGACCAAACUAGUACAAUACCCACAGUGGAACUGUACCCAAGACGGGUAACACAAUUCAAGUUUCAGCUAACCGUAUACGUAUCUAAGGCGGGUUAUGUAAUUUUUUACUGUUUUGUUGUAGAAAGCGUUGUUAUGUUGUCCGUUUUUUAUUUAGAUUGUCCUGUAAACAAUAGCGUGGAUGUAAUUUCUAUGUAAUUUUAGAAGUAGCCGUGGUUUAGUUGAAUAAUUUUGUUAUCCAGUAAUUUCCAUCAUUAGCAAUAUGUAGAGAAGGAACUUUGUAUGCUUUCUGUAGAACGUAGCAGUCGAUAUGUUCAGCUUAUCCGACGGCUUUUACACAUUCGCUGAUUUAUCACAACGUGAACUGUGUUUCAUUUAAUGUUCAGCCAUAUCUCUGUGCACUGAAAAUUGACAAGCCUUAAGUGAUCUUCGAUAUAUACGUAAACAAAAAAUGUAUCCAAUAUGGGAAGUUGAAAAGCAUUUAAAUACUUCGUCUUCCCUUUUGUUGAAUAGAAGAUACUUUCUCUUUAAAUUAGGACAAAAAAUUAUACGUCGAAAAUUGGAUUUUAUACUCUCACGUGUACAUUACUACACUAGGUUCAAAUACCUGUUGGUAAGGCUUAACUUUAGUUCUUUUACCUAAAAGAUAUUUUCAAAUACUGAGAAAUUCAGUAAAGUUUUAAAGAUUUAAAACAAAGCAGAAUCUAAUUAACACCAAUCAGAAUGUGUUAUGUUUACGAUCUCUUAAAAAAAACGUGUAACUCUCAGAUGUUCUUCCCAGACUGAGAUGUAUUUGUUGCUGUUUAUGUAACUGUAUUGUGAUAUGUGAUGGGAUAAUACAAACA